AGAUUUAAUAGAAUGGAAUUAUUCUUUCUUCUUAAGUAAAUUAUUUCUUAAAUAUGACAAAACGAUUCCGUUUAUUGUUUAUAAUUUCCAAAAAAUUAUAAUUAAACUCUGAUGGAGAAGAUUUUUCGGGAAUUAAGCUUUGAAGGUAUAUAUAAAUGGAAUUUUAAAAAGGUGAAUACAAAAGAGUCGAGUACACAGGAUCGAUAAAAUGUCAAAACAAUGCGUCCACGUGUGCUCCGUUUAAUAGCGUUCACGUUCAUGGAAAUUUUGCGUACAUUUUUUGCCAAAGCGACGGUAUCGUUACGUAGAUGAUACGUACAUACACAUCAGUAAACGCAUACACGCAUUCGACAUAUUCUCGAGUUACAUUCGCGCGACAAUGAUUAUCGUUGUGAGAAUGCAAUGUUGAAUAUUGAUGUAAAAUUCGAAUCUGUUGCGAAGAGGAUGCCACGAUUAACAAUGGUAUCACGUGAUUAUGCGUGCAUUCCGUUGCGUGCAUUUAGGGGAGGGUAGGAGUGAUUACGCGGGUCUAUAUAUAUACCUAUGCUACGUUCUGUUCGAUCGUCCGUGAUAAUCGCGGUUUAUUCGUGACGUGACGAGAUCUAAUUGAGGUGCAAUGAAAAGAGCGGUGUAUUUUGUCUUUAUAAUUGCAAUUGCGCGUUUGGCAAUGCAAGAGGAAGUUACGAAGGGCGUUUGUAAUUGUGCGGUAUCCACUGUUCCGGCAACGGAACCGAUAAUACAACACACGCUUCCGUGCAAUGUGAGUUGUGAUCAAGAAGGUCUUGAGAAGUGUCAACAAUUAUGUAUCGCCUUGGCUGAAACCGUUCGAGAUACAGUACCAAUGCUGAUUUGCGAGAAAUUGGACACGCAUGUCAACAAAUUGAAAGUAGCUUUAUACAUGAAAUCAUGUGAUUUGUCUUUUUGGGCAUUCACUGGUUUGGAAAGCGCAGAGCCUAUCUGCUGUCACGAAGGGAAAGCAGUUACUUGUGAUGAGAUGAUGACAAUAGAAAAUUAACGAGCUGAGAAUCCAACUCAUUAUUUCUUGCUCAUUUACAUCAUUAACGAAUAUUUUACGUAGUGCGAAUACAUCAUAUUCAUAAUUUUUAAUAUAAAAUAUUUGUAAUUAGUAAUUCCGUUUUGCAAAUUUAUAUAAAUUAACUAAAUAAGAGAGCAAUUAUAUAUACACACGAAUAAUAAAAUAUAUAAGCAACAAUAGCAGAUCUGCUAAAUUUAUUCAAAGAAUGAAUUCAAAGAAUGUCAUUUUGGGAGCGUUAUUUGAUAUACAUUUGUAAUCUUUGUUGUCUUUAACAAAGCUCGGAUACCAAGACUGAGACUGCCAAGAAAUCUACCUACUACUGAAGUCUCUAUACAGAUGGUAAACCUUUAGCUUAAAAUACAAUAAUAUUGUUCUACGUCUCCAAAAUAUCUGAUUCUUCUCGGAACGAAAGAUCUGCACAAUGAAAAAAUUGUUUAUAUCCUGCCUCAUAUCUUUUUUGUGUAAAAAAAAUUGGGUAAAUUAAUUUUUAAAUAA